UGGAGAUCCAACUAUAUGUUCUUUAUUCAACCAAAUAAAUAGUCCAAGGAACAUGCAUCUGUGUCUAUACACCUCCCAAGUCCCAACUUUCAUCUGACAGAUGCAAAACCAAAACAAUAUUGUUUUUUUCUUGAGACCUCAUCUCAGCUGAGAACACCAGAAAGAGAAAGGGAACCACAACUCAAGAAGGGAAAGGCUUUGAAAAUGGGAAUCACAAACCCUUUCAAAGAUCAAUCCCUUUCCCUCACCAAGAGACUUCUUCCUUGGACCCUUUAUGCUCUUCUUCCCAUAGCUCUACUUCGCUUAUACUUCUACCCUCUACCCUUCCCUCCAUCACCUGAAACCGAGCUUCCCCACUCCACCCCCAUCACCAUCAUAUCUCACUCUUCACUUUCUGCUUCUACACCACCUUCUUCAGAAAAGGAAAGAACUUAUGAGCCCCCAUGUGACUACUUUGAUGGCAAAUGGAUCCGUGAUAAGAGAGGCCCUUUGUACAAUGGUACCACUUGUGGCACAAUCAAAGAAGGCCAGAAUUGCAUAACACAUGGCAGGCCUGACUCUGGCUACCUUUACUGGAGAUGGAAACCAAGUCAAUGCCGUCUUCCAAGGUUUGAGCCUCACACUUUUCUCCAACUUGUUAACAACAAGCAUGUAGCUUUUGUUGGGGACUCUAUGGCUAGGAACCAAUUAGAGUCCCUUCUUUGUAUGUUAUCCACUGCUUCAACCCCUAACCUUGUCUACCGAAAUGGUGAGGACAACAAAUUUCGCAAGUGGCACUUUCCUUCUCACAAUGUGAGUGUCUCAGUGUAUUGGUCCCCAUUUCUUGUGCAAGGUGUUGAGAAGUCAAAUACAGGGCCAAAUCAUAAUAAGUUGUAUUUGGAUCAUAUUGAUGAGAGGUGGGGAAGGGAUAUGGAUCAAAUGGACUUGAUUGUGUUGUCAAUUGGGCAUUGGUUUUUGCAUCCUGCAGUGUACUAUGAGGAUGAUUCGGUUUUAGGGUGUCAUUACUGUCCUGGUCUUAAUCACACUGAGAUUGGUUUUUAUGAUGUGUUGAGAAAGGCCCUAAGGACUACCCUUAAUAGCAUAAUUGAUAGGAGAGCGGGUAAGGGCAAUGGAAUUGAUGUAAUUGUGACGACAUUUUCACCUGCUCAUUUUGAAGGUGAGUGGGAUAAGGCAGGUGCUUGUCCAAAGACUAAGCCUUAUAGAAAUGGGGAGAAGCAACUUGAAGGGAUGGAUGCUGAUAUGAGAAAGAUUGAGAUUGAAGAAGUGGAAGCUGCAAAGGCAAAAGCUAAUGACUUUGGAGGGUUAAGGUUGGAGGCAUUGGAUGUGACCAAAUUGGCAUUGUUGAGACCUGAUGGCCACCCAGGUCCUUAUAUGUAUCCUUUUCCAUUUGCUAAUGGGCAUCAAGAGCGUGUGCAGAAUGAUUGUGUUCAUUGGUGCUUGCCGGGGCCUAUAGACACAUGGAAUGAGAUUUUUCUGGAGCUCAUGAAGAAGUGGAGGGAACACCCUAGAACUGAAGAGUGAGGUAUUUAUCAUGUCUUGUUAGAUUCUUAUUUGUUAUACUUUGAUGUUUUCCAUCACUUGGGUGAUGGAUAUUGCUUUGAAAAGGGUCAAAUUUUGAUUUGGUAGAAUGGAGAACAAUUUUUUUUGAAGCGGUGGGAGGGUGUGAAGAGAAUUUAAUAGGGGAACUAUUGGUUAUUGGUUUUCUUUUUCAUUUUUUUUGGUAUAGACCACAAGUAUCCUUCAUGAGAGCCAGUAUUGUUGGAGUCAGGUAGACUAGCAAUGGUUAUUGAUUUUCUUGCUUGGGCUCCAUAAUGAAAAAAGGAAAUAUAUAAAAUACUACAUCUUCUAUCGAUGAAGGAAAAUGGAGUGACAAAUUAUUGGAAAUGUGUGUAAUGGUUUAAAUGUGACCUUGGCCAUUUAGACAUGGAACAUACGAGGCACAAAAGGGUCUAGAUGUGAAUUUGUGGAGGAAUUUCAUAACACAUGGCCAAGUCUUUUCUGUCUUACACUGUUUGGUAUCCAUCAGUUUUGUCUAGUGGGGUAUUUCAAUUGAGAAAGUUCCUUCUACUUUAAUUUCUCUCAUGUUAAUUUGAUUUGACCCAUUUUGUUGUUUUCUUAGUUUUUUACAAAAUGUUCAGCAAGUACAUUUGGAAUUGUAAGCAGUUUAAACGCGUUGAAAAUUCUGGCAAACAGAAAAAGUCUAUUUGGAAACCAACUUA